CGCUAAGGGCGUUAGUUUUGGGAGUAUAUAUAAGGAGAGAGUGAAGACGCGCAAUACCUGAUGCUAUAUAGACGAGGCAUUUAACCACCAAUUCAGAAUUCCAAAUCGCAACAAUGAACAUUGCGGUUGUGAAUAGCUCUACGAUCACCAAGUUUGUGGAUGACAACGACGCGUUUGAUAAAUUCACGAGGGAAUGGCUUGUGGUGCUUGACGACGACGGCGAUGGAGUGCUUUCGCCAGACGAUAUGCGCGGGGGAUUCCGCAAGUUAUUGCCGUUAGGUUACCAUCCGCGAGAAAAGGACGAGAUCGAUGGGCUAUGCGGAUCAGUAUUCGAGAGGUUUGAUGAAGAUCGAAAUGGAUCGCUGGAUGGCAACGAGUUCAAGUCCUUCAUGACGGAGAUUAUGAAUGCCCUUGCUCUUGGCAUCGGUGGCUCUCCCCUCAUUGUCGUUCUCGAACAAGGUAGCUUCCUUUCCAAGGCUGUUCAACACGAAUCGGCAAGAGAUCGAUCCCCUUCUUGAUUUGGUACUAUCUUUCUUCUCAUUUCCCCUUUCCUUUUUGCCUUCGUUGCGGCUUCUUUUGGGUAUUCCAAUUUCAAGAUUUGAUCUCUUCGGUUGUUUGUUUUGUUGAUCCAGACUUGCUUCUCAACUAAAGCCAUUUCAUACUGUUUAGAGACAAACAUUAGAAAGAGUAACGCAAAUUAGCACGU